UAUGAUCUGUUAGUUGUAAAUUAGACACUAUUCGUCAGCAAAUCAUCUACUACGAUUAUCAUCGAAAUCAUCGUAAUAACUGGUGUGGCCAAAUUCAAUUUCCACCUAUCAGUCAAAAUGAUGGAAUCUCCAUUCAAGGAAGAUGUACUGAAGGGAAAAGUGGCGCUGUUAACAGGAGGUGGGUCUGGAAUUGGGUUUGAGAUUGCAACUCAGUUUGGGAAACAUGGUGCUUCUAUCGCAAUCAUGGGCAGGCGUAGACAAGCUCUUGAUGCUGCCGUUUCGUCACUCGCUUCCCUUGGCACUCCUGCCAUUGGGUUUGAAGGGGAUGUACGAAAGCUGGAAGAUGCAAGAAGGGUAGUUGAGUCAACUUUCCAGCAUUAUGGACAGAUUGACAUUCUUGUAAAUGCUGCAGCUGGCAAUUUUCUUGCAUCUGCAGAGGAUUUAUCUCCUAAUGGAUUUCGAACAGUGAUGGAUAUUGAUUCUGUUGGGACAUUCACUAUGUGCCAUGAAGCACUAAAAUAUCUCAAGAAAGGGGGCCCAGAAAGGAAGCAAUCCAGUGGUGGACUAAUAUUGAAUAUAAGUGCGACAUUGCAUUACACAGCUUCUUGGUAUCAAAUUCAUGUAUCUGCGGCCAAGGCAGCUGUUGAUGCAACUACCAGAAACUUGGCAUUGGAAUGGGGUACAGAUUAUGAUAUUAGAGUCAAUGGAAUAGCGCCAGGUCCAAUUGGUGAUACACCUGGAAUGAGUAAACUUGCACCUGAAGAGAUAACAAGCAAAGCUAAAGAUUACAUGCCACUUUAUAAACUUGGUGAGAAAUGGGACAUUGCUAUGGCUGCGGUUUAUCUUGCGUCAGAUGCAGGUAAAUACGUCAAUGGAUCAACACUUCCAGUUGAUGGAGGACUCUGGCUGAGCCGGCCACGCCAUCUGCCCAAAGAUGCAGUGAAGGAACUUUCUCGAGUAGUAGAGAAAAAAUCAAGAAGUGCUCCCACUGGGCUUCCUAAGAGCAAGCUGUAAUCAGUUAAUAGUAAUAAUAAUAAAAACAAACAAGGAUUCUGGAUGAUCGAUGAUCAUUGCUCUUAUCUUCAUUAAAAUCUUAUUUUUAUUCGUACUUGGUAUGGUGCUUGAGACAACAUGUUGUAAUAUAUGAAAAAAAUUUAAAAUUUACCAAAAA